AUGGAACCCCAGUCGGAUGCUUUCCACCCACAGGAUAUAGAGCAAUCCAGGCCCUCACAAGCCUGCACUGCUGAUAUGCCCGACGAGAAGGAGAGAAACCUCGUCGACUGGGAUGGCCCCAAUGACCCGAAGAAUCCUCACAACUGGCCCAAUUGGAAGAAAGCCCUGUGCACAAUCUCCAUGGGUACAUUAAAUUUCUGUGUGACCUUCUCUUCCAGUGUGAUGACUUCAACUGUCAAGCCAUUGUCGGAGCUGUUCGAUGUCUCAGAAACCGUUGCGACCCUUGCGACCUCCCUCUUCGUCUUGGGGUUUGCUGUUGGGCCCAUAGUAUGGGGACCGCUGUCUGAACAUUUCGGACGUCGGACUCCUAUGCUCUUCGGCUUUUUUGGAUUCGCUGUAUUUCAAAUCCCGGUUGCCGUCGCGCAGAAUUUAUACACCAUCAUGAUCUGUCGUUUUUUUGGUUGCCUGUUUGGCUCGGCCACCCUUGCUAUCGGGGGUGGCGCCCUAGCGGAUUUCUGGGCUCCUGUGGAUAGAGGGGUAGCUGUAUGCGUCGUAUUUGCAGCUACUUUUGGUGGUCCAGUUGCCGGCCCCAUCGUUGGUGGCUUCAUCACGCAGUCAUUUCUUGGAUGGCGGUGGACACAAUGGAUUACUCUCAUUAUGAGUGCAUUCUUUGGGAUUUUGGCCAACUUCCUGAUUCCGGAAACCGCGGCUCCCAUUCUCUUACAAUCCCGAGCAAGAAAAAUCCGCCACAGCACUCAAAAUUGGGCCAUGCAUUCAAAAAGUGAAGAGGCAUCGAUCACUAUGAGUACCAUAGCCUAUAAUGUUGGCAUUCGGCCGAUUAUCAUGUGCGCCCAAGAGCCGAUUCUGUUGUUGGUGAACAUCUAUAUUGCACUCGUCUACGGUAUCCUUUACCUCUUCUUUGAGGCAUUUCCGGUCUCGUUUGAGGAGCAACGCGGUUGGAAUCUGGGUGUGAGUGCGCUCCCUUUCCUUGGCAUUCUCAUCGGUGUCCUUCUCGGGGUUACUUUCAUUAUAACCUACACCAAGACACGGUUUGCGCGCAGUUUUAAGCAGCACGGCAAAGUCAUUCCAGAAGAGCGUCUUCUACCUAUGAUCGUCGGUGGAGUCAUGCUACCCAUUGGUCUAUUUUGGUUUGCGUGGACAUCUUCCCCGCAUAUUAACUGGAUACCACAAGUCAUCUCAACUAUUCCAAUCGGUAUGGGGCUGAUGAUGAUCUUCCUGCAAGGACUGACUUAUAUCAUUGAUGUGUAUCUAUGGUAUGCUAACUCCGCUCUUGUGUCCAAUACAAUCAUGCGGUCUCUGAUUGGUGCUGGGUUUCCCUUGUUCGCGACGGGGAUGUUUCACAACUUGGGUGUGCCAUGGGCAUCUAGUCUACUAGCGUUUUUAUGCAUAGCGUUGGUUCCAGUGCCCGUUGUGUUCUUUAUUUAUGGGGCCCGGAUUCGGAACCUUUCGAAAUUCAGUACUGCUACGUAA